AUGGCCAUGAGUUCCACGACCACAGCUCCCGGUGGAAUCCCGUGGCUAGAGAGUGAGAAAAAGAAGAAGCAUUUACAUGGGAUUCGCCUUCCGCCCGUCCCCUCUCCUCAGGACAUUUGCUUCCUGAAUCGCGAUCUCCAGGCUCUCAGAUCCCGGCUCCGCUCUUCUCGUCGCCGGCGAAUUCCCGAGGACCAGGGGAGAGGGGUAAAAACGAAAUUCAGCAAGAGGAACCUUCGUCCUUAUCUGCAAAAGGCGGAGGAACCGCAGUUUCCCUAUGCACAUUACUUAGAUAUACUUCAGAAAGCAGUUACCAAUGCACCCGUUCCACCGUUACCAGAUUCUUGGAUACAGAGGAUCUUCCAAGCUAUUCCAGAUGACCUCAUUAAGAAGUACUCUCGAGCUGCAGAUGAAUUUCUUGAAGAAAUAAGGGAGUUUCACACGUCCAGUUUGCAGAAGCUCUCCGUCAGUCAAGUGUUCUGGAAUCCUCACGAGGAUUAUUUCAUCCUCCGCACAUACGAGAAGAAAGGGCCGUCUCCGUGGCUGGAGGCGUUCAGGAAGAAUCGGGUUUCUUUGUCUCACACCUUGCUGGUCGGCCAUACUCUGCCAACCAAAAUAGUCCGCCUAUCAAGGGAUUUAUUGGAUACCACUCUCUUAUUCGACUGCUAUCCCCUCAUGGUGACUCGAAAUGCCGCCUGCGGCACAACCCACACAGCACAGGGAUAUCCCAGGGAUGUCCCUAACUGGACGACUUGUCCCCAUGUCUUUAUAGGAUAUCCUGAAGACAUCUUCUUUCUGACGGUUUCGGACAUCUCGCUUUUGGCGACGGUGAGCCUUUGCCCUUGCGCUGUGAUCCCUUGCGGCGUGCACCCUGAAUACGCAGCUGUCCCGCUACUUCCUUCCCUUCGUUCCGUCAUUUCCUCUCCGACUCUGGCCACGCACGCCUUCCGCCACCACCCCCAUCCAGGCAACCAGUGGUUGCGUCCUCUUCUGAAGCAGUUAGGUUCCUCGGACAAAAAGAGUUUUCGUGAAAUGAGUUCCAACGUCCCGUACUUGGGCUGCAAAAUCAGCCUGAUAUCCAAGUCUGAGAUACGAUAUGAGGGAAUCCUCUAUACCAUUGAUCCACGGGAGUCGACUGUCGCCUUGGCCAAAGUGAAGUCGUUUGGAACAGAAGAUAGGCCUACAGAUCGUCCUGUAGCUCCUCGAGAGGAAGUAUACGAGUAUAUAAUCUUCCGUGGAUCUGAUAUCAAGGAUAUUCGUGUUUGUGAACCUCCAAAACCACAACCCACUUUGGCUGGUGGUCUGCCAAGUGACCCUGCAAUCGUUCAGCAUUCCACACCUCCUGGGUUGAUGGGUGCUGGCAGUACUCGCUUGGUGAACAAUGUCCCCAUCAGCAAUUGGCGUGAAGGCAAUCUGAUGGAAGUGUUAUCUCAGAGUCGGGAUGUUCCACAAACGUCAAGUCAGGCUAUUGUCAUGCAACAAGGGCAUUCACAUGUAGAUCAAGGAGUGCAAGUAGGUCCACAAGGGGUUCGUCGUAAACGUAACCAGGCCCAGGGUGGAAAUCGUUCCAAUGUUACUCAUCCAACUGCUGAAGGUGGACAAGGAUCAGGAAACAAUGCUGAGAACUUUCGAGAGCGAAAUGGUCAGCAGAUGAACCGUGGACAGAAUCAAAGUGGGCGAUCUGGUCGUGGUCGAGGUGGAAGUCGUCAGGGAUUACGUGGUAGUCGAGGUGGAGCUGCUAAUAAUCGACCAUCCCAUCGUCUUCAACAGCACCAGGGACCAGAUCCCCUUAACUUUGAUGGGGAUUUUGAUUUUGACAAAGGGAACACUGAAUUUGAAGAACUACGUUCCCAGCUGAAUCAAACUGAAUCUAAAAAAGAUGAUCUUCCUGUGAUUGAUGAGACUUCAGAAAAUUGGGAUCCAAAUGCAAAGGAGUGGGAAGAGAUACCCGAGAAGGAAGAGAAAAAGGAGGAGGAGCGGAAAGAUGAUUCAGGACAUGGAUCUCCGGAGUCAGAAGACAAAAUUAUCUCUACUGUUGAGAAAGCUGUCCAGCCUGAAAUCCCACCAUGCAAGGCUUUCUAUGACAAAGCCAAAUCCUUCUUUGACAGCAUCUCUUGUGAGGCAAUUGAGAAGACCAAAGGAAAAAUGUUCCGCAUCAAUUGGCGAGAGGAGCAAAAAUUGAAUGUGGAAACAUUUGGUGAGCAAGCUGUGCACCAUAGCACCUUCAUGGGCAACUACCGUUCAAUGGGAUUUCGAGGAUAUGGAUACCCAAUGUGGCGAGGGAUGAGGUUCAAUCGUGGCCGUGGCAUGCGUCGUCCUAUGAUGCCUCGAGUUACAAAGCCAGUUGUGAAGCAACUCCCACAAGACAGAAAGUACAAGUGUCAUGCUAUAUCCCCCCCUUUGAUCCAAACACCCUUAUUUGGACCUGAUGAUCCCAUGCCAGAGGAUGCUUUCAUUUGUCCGGACUACUGGCAGUCCUUGAAUGGAGCUCAAAGUGCCCUGAAGGGUCUGGAUCUUGCUGCAUACGAGGAGCAGUACAAUAGUGAUGAAUUGGAAGAACUGGAAGCACUACAUCCAGUUGAGAAGCCAAAGGAGAUGAUCAAUAAUCACUCCUACACUGGGAAGCAGAUCUCUGCUGCAAACUUCUCAUUCCUGGCCAUCACCAAUACCUCAGAGCCCUAUGAGUCCAGCAUACAUGUCAUACGUCUCUCCAUGUCCUUGGCAUGCAAAUUAUUCCAGCCCAGGCAUGCAAUAUCCAUGGAUGAGGAGGGAUACACCAGAAAGACAUAG